GACUCUACUAGCUCCCCGCCCUUCGCCCUCCAUUGGAAGCUCGGCGAAGUCAGAGGAGAGCGUGGUCGAGCGAACGGAGAUGUCGUGCUCUUCUUCAGAUCUGGCCCUGCUCCUUGGCAGCAGCGCCAACUCCUCCGCCGCCGCCGAUUACAUCUGCAACCAGUUCGCAGACGCCGGAUACGCCAUCGACACCACCUACCUCCUCUUCUCCGCCUACCUCGUCUUCUCGAUGCAGCUCGGCUUCGCCAUGCUCUGCGCCGGAUCGGUGCGGGCCAAGAACACCAUGAACAUCAUGCUCACCAACGUGCUGGACGCAGCCGCCGGCGGCCUAUUCUACUACCUCUUCGGUUUCGCCUUCGCCUUCGGCGGGCCCUCCAACGGCUUCAUCGGGAAGCACUUCUUUGGCCUCAAGGAGGUGCCGGAGCCCGGCUUCGAUUACUCUAACUUCCUCUACCAGUGGGCCUUCGCCAUCGCCGCCGCCGGCAUCACCUCCGGCUCCAUCGCCGAGCGCACCCAGUUCGUCGCCUACCUUAUCUACUCAUCCUUUCUCACCGGUUUCGUCUACCCCGUCGUCUCUCACUGGUUUUGGUCGGGCGACGGAUGGGCGGCGGCGGCGCGGAACCCCGGGGAGUCGCUCCUGUUCAAGUCGGGAGUGAUCGACUUUGCCGGGUCGGGGGUGGUGCACAUGGUAGGGGGGAUCGCGGGGCUGUGGGGUGCCCUCAUCGAGGGUCCGCGCAUCGGGCGUUUCGAUCACGGAGGCCGCUCGGUGGCCCUCCGCGGACACUCCGCCACUCUAGUGGUCCUCGGCACGUUCCUCCUCUGGUUCGGCUGGUACGGCUUCAACCCUGGCUCCUUCAACGUCAUCUUCAAGACAUACGGUCCUAGCGGCUCCCUCCACGGCCAGUGGUCCGCUGUCGGACGCACCGCCGUCACUACCACCCUCGCCGGCUGCACGGCCGCGCUCACCACUCUCUUCGGGAAGCGCCUCCAGACAGGACACUGGAACGUGACCGACGUCUGCAACGGCCUCCUCGGCGGAUUCGCCGCCAUCACUUCCGGCUGCUCGGUGGUCGACCCCUGGGCCGCCAUCAUCUGCGGCUUCGUCUCCGCCUGGGUCCUCAUCGGCCUAAACAAGCUCGCGGCGGCGCUUAAGUUCGACGAUCCCCUUGAGGCCGCGCAGCUCCACGGCGGCUGCGGCGCCUGGGGAAUCAUCUUCACGGCGCUCUUCGCGAGGGAGAGGUACGUGAACGAGGUGUACCCGGGGCGGCCGGGACGUCCCUACGGGCUCUUCAUGGGCGGAGGCGGCCGCCUGCUCGCGGCCCACGUAGUGCAGAUCCUGGUCAUCGUCGGGUGGGUCAGCGCCACCAUGGGCCCGCUCUUCUACGCCCUUCACAAAUUCGGUCUCCUCCGCAUCUCCGGCGAGGACGAGAUGGCUGGCAUGGACCUCACUCGACACGGAGGCUUCGCCUACGUCUACCACGACGACGACUCCAUAACGCAAAACGGCAGUCCCGGCGGCGGCGGAGGUUUCAUGCUCAAGUCCUCGGUGGUACGGGUGGAGCCGCGGACCGCUCCGGCGGCAGCCACCAACCAUGAACAAGUCUAGCCUUCCCCCUCUUCAAUGAAAUGAAAUGAAAUGAAAUCCGUGCUAUUUUUUAAAAUAUUUUUUAUUUUAAAAAAUAGACCUUUUGUCUUGAAAAAUCGGUAGUAUUCUUGUACAGUGUUAUAAGUUGUGUGUUGAAGGUGAUUGGAUGAUCUCGAGGAACAUCUCUUCCUCUCUUCUCGACUCCAUUAUUUGUCUACUUUGAUUGUUGAUGAUAUUUAUUUUGCUUUGUUUUAAGUUUUCCA